CUUCCGUCCCCUCAGGACGUUUCACAUCGAGCUCGAGGAGAAGUGGUUGUGAAAGAACAAGAACAUGUUUCUGACUUUCCACUGUAGAUUAUAGACAGUCGAUUAUUGACUGUAAACUGAAGAUUACCGACUAUAGACUAUUGAAUAAUAGUGUAAAUUAUAGACUGUACAUUAUUGAUUGUGCACAGUAGAUUAUAGACUGUAAAUUGUGUAUUAUAGACUAUAGCAAAAAACUGUAGAUUAUAGACUAUAUAAUAUAGAAUAACACUGUAGAUUUUAGACUUCAGUUUAUUGAAUGCAAACUGUAGAUUACAGAUUAUACAUUUGAGAAUAACUGUAGAUUAUAGAUUAUAGACUAUAAAAUAACACUGUAGAUGAUUGUAUGUACACCGUAGAUUGUGGAGUGUAGUUUAUCGAAUGUACACUGUAGAAUAUAAACGUGUUUAUAUGCAGUCUAUGAACUGUAGAUAAGAGAUUUCAGCUUCGUUGAACUUUCUCUGGGGCGCGGUCUGAAAACCAGAACUUCCGAGUGAAACGCAGUAUCAGAGGGACGCUUCUCUGGGAACCUGAGAUGGAGCUACCGCCUCGACCAACAAUCUUUGACUUCCACGGAGUCUCCAUGAUCAAAUACUUCACUGAAAACUGGGACAACAUCCAAAGCUUCGAAGCGAGACCAAGUGAUAUUGUCAUAGCUACUUAUCCUAAAGCAGGGACAACAUGGGUCUCUUACAUCCUGGAUCUUCUGUAUUUUGAGGAAAUGGGUCCCGAGCGAAUGGCAUCCACCCCCCUUCAUGAGAGAGUGCCCUUCCUGGAGAUCAGCGUAUCUUUUCAUUACAAAGGCAAAGACCUGGCGGACCAGCUACCCACCACGCCUCGUCUAAUUAAAACUCAUCUACCAAUCCAGUUUGUGCCAAAGUCCUUCUGGGAGCAGAACUGCCGGAUUAUCUACGUCGGUCGUAAUGCAAAGGACUCGGCAGUGUCCUAUUUUCAUUUUAGCCGGAUGAACUUAGUCCAGCCAGAUCCAGUUAACUGGAGCACCUUCCUGCAGGAUUUCGAGCAGGGAAAGAUGGUGUUUGGAUCUUGGUAUGACCACGUGAACGGCUGGUGGGAGAAGAAACAGACAUAUUCCAAUAUUCACUACAUGCUCUAUGAAGACCUGACUGAGGACACGGGGCGAGAGAUAGACAAGCUCUGUUCCUUCCUCGGUUUGUCUCCUUCGGCCGAAAAGAAGGAAAGAGUCGCAACUGGAGCGAAGUUUGACAACAUGAAACAAGACAAAAUGGCCAAUUAUUCCACUAUUAAAAUGAUGGACCACAAGGUGUCUCCUUUCAUGCGAAAAGGGAAAGUUGGUGACUGGAAGAACCACUUCACUGUGGCUCAGAAUGAAGAGUUUGAUGAAGACUACAAGAAAAAGAUGAAGAAUCCCACACUGAAGUUUCGCAAUGAGAUUUAGAAGUCUACCCCCUUUGCUUAAUGAAACAUUCCUGAACUGGUAUUUUAUCAAAUAGUGUGAGCCAGAUGUUUAAUUUAGAGAUUUGGUAACAGAUAGAUAGAUAGAUAGAUAGAUGGAUACUUUAUUAAUACCUUGGGAAUUUUAGGUCAUCCAGUAGCUUAUACACUUAUACACUUAAGCGACGUACAUACAUAAAACACAUAUACAUAGGUAGAACAUUGCAGAUACAGGUGCAUGAAUGGGUCUGACCCUAUGGUACAGAAUGCAAUGAUGUGAUUGUGUCAGUGUCUAGUAUGAAAGUGUUCUUGUGCUGCUGGAGUGGAUAGUACAAAAAUAUAUAUAUGUAUAUAAAACCAACAAAUAUAUAUAUAUAUAUAUAUAUAUAUAUAUAUAUAUAUAUAUAGCCGUACCAUUCAGGGCCUUGUAAAGAAGUGGAAAUACUUUGAAAUCCAUUCAUUACUGUACCACGACAACAGUCUCUUUGUCAAACUUGAUUUAAUAGAAAUGCACUAUGUCUACUGUUAAGCUGUGAUCUCAUGGUCCUGAAAACAAUGUCGGUCUCAAUAAAGGAACUAACCUAUUCAUAUA